AUGGUGCAUCCCUUGGUUGAUAGAGCCACAAGCGAUAUGCUUAUUGGUCCUGAUUGGGCAAUGAACCUCGAGAUAUGCGACAUGCUUAAUCAUGAGCCUGGGCAAACGAGAGAGGUUGUGAGUGGUAUAAAGAAAAGGCUUAGUAGUAGGACUUCCAAUGUUCAGCUCUUGGCUCUUACUUUGCUAGAGACAAUAAUAAACAAUUGUGGGGAACUUACUCAUAUGCAAGUUGCAGAGAAGGAUAUUCUUCAGAAGAUGGUGAAGAUGGUCAAAAAGAAGCCUAACAUCCAUGUGAAGGAGAAGAUAUUGAUACUUAUAGAUACUUGGCAAGAGAGCUUUUCAGGUCCACAAGGAAGACAUCCACAAUAUUAUGCAGCUUACCAAGAAUUGUUGCGUGCAGGAAUUGUAUUCCCUCAAAGACCUCCAACCACAGUCAGUUCAAGACAAACUGGUCCUUCGACAACGUAUUCUCAGAAUUCUCGUAACGCUAGACAAGAAGCUACUGAUACUUCAACAGAGUCGGAAUUUCCAACUUUGAGUUUGACAGAAAUUCAAAAUGCAAGAGGAAUCAUGGAUGUCUUAGCUGAAAUGUUGAACGCAAUUGAUGGAAACAACAAAGAGGGACUUAAGCAAGAGGUUAUUGUAGAUCUUGUUAGCCAAUGUCGCACCUAUAAACAAAGAGUAGUACACCUUGUAAACUCUACAUCAGAUGAAUCGUUGCUUUGCCAAGGCCUAGCCUUAAAUGACGAUUUGCAGCGAUUACUUGCGAAGCACGAAGCCAUCGGUUCUGGAAACAUGAUGAUAGAAAAGGAAGAAAAAUCUAAAAAAGAAGUUUCUAAAGACGCAACUCAGAUCAUAGAUGUUGGCUCAAGUGAAACAAAAGAUGGUAGUGUUGUGGCUCCUACAACCAAUGGUCCAAAAAUAGAUCUUCUUAGUGGAGAUGACUUCGAGACACCGAAUGCAGAGAACUCACUGGCUCUUGUUCCUCUUGGACCUCCACAACCAACUAGUCCAGUAGCAACGCCAGAUAAUUCAAUCGUCUUAAUAGACAUGUUAUCAGAUAACAACUGCGAAAGCUCGACCCCAACUUCGAAUCCACAGUCGCAUCAUCAGAUGGUGCAACAACACUGCUCAAAUGGAUUUGGACCAGUCCAUCAAGAGCAAUCUUUUUAUGGACCAGCUGGGCCGUCAUCUGGUCCUGUCUGGAAUCUCCAAAUUACCCAACAGCCAUCAUCUCCUGCCUACGGAAACCAACCCUUUUCGCCUACCUUUAGCCCGCCCGCUUCUCCUCACUAUGGUGGACAAAACAACAAUGUUUUAGCACUACCUCCACCACCAUGGGAAGCUCAGUCUCCAAGCUCUAGCCCUCAAUACUCUCCUACUCAUCCGAUGCAAGUGACUCAAGUGGUCAUCACCACGCACACUCAUCAACCACUCGGUUACAAUCCUCAAGGUGGCUCUCCUCAUGCUACCAACAACAACAUGUUAAAUAUGUUCCUCCCUCCAAUGACAGGAGGCCACAUGCCACCCUUUGGCCACAACCCAAACAACCAUUAUAAUAAUCCUAAUACCAUGUACGGAGGCUACGGAGGACAACUUCAAGGCCAACCACAACAGUAUCUUGUAGAACAACAAAUGUACGGAAUGUCUCUUCAAGACAAUGGAGCCAACCAUACUAACCCCUACCAGGUUUCUUCUCAUCAUUCGGCUCUUAAUCAUUCACCAAUGGUGAAACCUAUGAACAAGAAACCAGAGGACAAGUUGUUUGGUGAUCUUGUUGAACUCUCCAAGUUCAAGAAACCCACUUCCGGACGAGCCGGUAGUAUGUAA